AUGACCAAUACUUCGAUUUCCAUACCCCCGAUAGCUACGGCUGCGAAAGGGAAACAGAUUCAGUAUAUGGAUACGAUCGAUGCGUAUGAUCGGUGGGCUGAGGUCUACGACACAGAUGGAAACUUCCUCCAAGCCCUAGACACGCUCGAGAUGCAAUCACUCCUCCCGAGAUUCCAUUCGCUGCUCGAAACAAAUAAGAACGGGAAUAAUGAUGACGUUGGACCCAAACUCAUCGAUCUUGGCUGUGGCACGGGUCGGAACACCGUCCCGCUCACCCGGACCGCCAGAGCCACGGCCAUGAUCGUGGGGUUGGAACCGUCGAGCAAGAUGCUUCAGACUGCUCGGGACAGGGUAUCCAAAUUUCUUGGAACCAAGAGUACGGAGAGCUUCGCAUCCACAGCGGUAGAAGCAACCGAGGAACAAGGAGCUGGAGGAGGAGGGGUGUUGUCAGCCGCCAUCGGGAAUGCGGGCGGCGUCAUAUCAACUCUUGUGAUGGAACAUGUACCGCUGGACCAAUUCUUCGGUGCCGCAGCUGGAAUGCUGAAGAGAGGUGGCGUGCUGCUGGUGACAAAUAUGCAUUCGGAAAUGGGGUCGAUUAGUCAGGCAGGAUUUGUGGACCCGAACACUGGGGUUAAGAUUCGCCCGACGAGCUAUACACAUACAGUUGAGGAGAUGGUUGAGGCUGCAGAGAAGGUUGGAUUUGAGGUUUUGGGUGACAUUAAGGAGGUGAGAAUUGAUGAGGACUUGGCGGGGAAGUUGGGUAAGAGGGCGAGGAAGUGGAUAGGGGUGUUGGUGUGGUAUGGGGGAAAUUUUAGGAAGAAGUGA